AUGGAGCAAACAGAACAAUCUACCAGUCACUCACCUGUGGAACAUCUGUCAGUUAGUUACUUGAUCAAAAAUUCAACAACUGCUGGACAUCUACCCGAUGGUUUACCUCCUGUUCACCUCACUCCUAAUAGUGAAACGUCCACCAGUUUCUCACCUGCUGAAAAUAUUCCGGAAGAAUGCACUCCUGCCAGUCGAACUCCUACUGACCGUAUGACUACUGAAUACAUUCAAAACUUUCAUUUUUCUGAAAUUUCUAAUGAGGGCCAUCAAUCUGUUGAGCUUUCGCCUGCAGGUCUUUCUUCUGCAGAACAGUGUUCUGGAGUACGUACUCCUGUUGAACGCACACCAGGGGUGAAAUUCCCGGCUGUACUUUCAUCGUCCAGGAUGAUAUCGGCUGAACCUACCCAGUCUGCUUACCACAACAUUUCGAAGAACGUUCCUGAGAGUCGUGCUGUAUUGACUAAUCCUGCUGUACCUGUCAGUUCUGCUUACCAGAAUUUUUCAAAAAAAUCUUCAGCUGUUUUGCCGAAUGUAAAUAAAUUUGAAAAUGAUUAA